CCUGAGAGCCGAAGAUGGCAGUGAAUGUGUACCUGACCUCAGUCAUCAGUGACAACCUGGGUCGACAUGAUAUGCUGGCCUGGACCAAAGGAUCUCUGCAGCUGAAUCUGACAAAGAUAGAACAGUUGUGUUCAGGGGCUGCACACUCUCAGUUUGUGGACAUGCUCUUCCCUGGCUCCAUUGCCUUGAAGAAAGUGAAAUCUCAAGCUAAGCUAGGACCUGAAUAUAUUCAGAACUUCAAAAUACUACAAGCACGUUUCAAGAGGAUGGGUGUUGACAAAAUAAUUCCUGUGAAUAAAUUAGUAAAAGGAAAAUUUCAGGACAAUUUCGAAUUUGUUCAAUGGUUCAAGAAGUUUUUUGAUGCGAAUUAUGAUGGAAAAGAGUAUGACCUUGUAGCUGCCAGACAAGGUCAAGGAACUGCAUUGGCUCCUUCUCUUGUCGCUCCAGCUCUGAGUAAACCGAAGAAACCUCUUGGCUCCAGGACUGCAGCUCCACAGAGACCCAUUGCAACACAGAGAACUACUGCAGCUCCUAAGGCUGGCCCAGGGAUGGUGCAGAAGAAUCCUGGUGUGGGCGAUGGGGACGAUGAAGCAGCUGACCUGAUGCAGCAGGUCAAAGAGUUGAAGCUUACUGUUGAAGACUUGGAGAAGGAGAGAGACUUCUACUUCAGAGAGCUGAGGAACAUUGAACUGGUUUGCCAGGAGAAUGAGGGGGAAAAUGACCCCGUACUGCAGGGAAUUGUAGAUAUUCUUUAUGCCACAGAAGAAGGCUUUGUGAUACCCGAUGAAGGGGGCCCACAGGAGGAACAAGAAGAGUGUUAAGCAGCCUGGACCAGCAGAGCA